AUGGGUAAACAAGAAAAUAUUUUUUUGUUUGUGCCAAAUUUAAUUGGAUAUGCCAGAAUAAUUCUAGCAGUCAUAUCAAUUUACUUUAUGCCAACCAAUUACAAAGUUGCGUGCAGUUGUUAUGUGAUAAGUGCACUAUUGGAUGCUUUUGAUGGUCAUGCAGCUCGAGCAUUUAAUCAAAGUACCAAGUUUGGGGCUAUACUAGAUCAACUAACUGACCGCUGUGGAACAAUGAGCUUAUGUAUUGCAUUGUCUAAUUUUUAUCCAAAAUAUAUGUUUUUGUUCCAACUUAGCUGUAUUAUUGAUAUUGCUUGUCACUGGAUCUAUUUGCACUCAUCAAUUUUGCAAGGUAAAACUAGCCAUAAAUUUGUAGAUAUGUCUGGAAAUCCGAUAAUGAAAUGUUAUUAUACAUCAAAACCGGUACUGUUUUUCAUGUGUGCAGGAAAUGAACUAUUUUUUGCAUCAUUAUAUUUAUGUCAUUUUAUUACAGGACCAAUAAUUGCAGGUCAUGGUUUAUUUAAAUUAUUGUGCUGGUUUUCAAGUCCUAUAAUGCUUGUUAAAACAUUCAUAUCA